AUGGCAAGUCCCGACCCGAAUACUCACAUGUACCUGAACUACAUCAUUAUCUCCCUGGUCCUCCUCUCUUCUGCCAAUGGGUACGACGGAUCUCUCAUGAAUGGCCUGCAAGCCUUGGAUCAAUGGAACAUUUUCAUGGACUAUCCGACCGGCGCCAAACUGGGAUGGAUCAAUGCGAUCUCCUUGCUUGGCUGCGGGGUGGCAUCCCCUGUUGCAGCCUGGGUCUCUAACCGAUUCGGGCGCAAACCCGGAAUCUACGGGGGCUAUAUCUUUUUGAUUCUGGGCUCCGUACUGCAGACAGCCUCUCCAAACCCGACAGCGUUCCUACUGGCCCGUCUGUCUGUGGGUGUGGCGUCUGCCUUUUUCGGAAAUGCGGCUCCCCUGCUGAUCAACGAGAUAGCGCACCCAAGCCACCGAAGCAUCUUGAACUCGCUAUUUAUGACCGGAUGGUAUGUCGGGGGUAGCGUCUCUGGAUGGGUUAUAUUCGCGUCCCGAACCUAUCCCUCGUCGUGGUCCUGGCGCCUUCCAUCGCUUCUGCAGGCUCUUCUCCCGGCCGCCGCCUUGCCCGGACUCCUUCUCGCUCCAGAGAGUCCGCGAUGGCUCAUUUCAGAGGGACGCGAUGAUGAGGCGUAUGCCAUUUUAACACGAUAUCAUGCCGUCGGCCGUCGCUCAUCCGUGGUGGAUGCCGAAUUCCAGGAGAUCCGCGCGACGAUUCUCGAGCAAGACGUUCACAAGGGCGCCAGUUACGCAGAUAUGUUCCAGACUCCAGGAAAUCGGCAUCGACUGAUGAUUUCCCUCAGUUUGGGGUUUUUCGCCCAAUGGGUAGGCAAUGGUGUCAUCUCAUACUAUCUAGCUCUCAUACUAGAUACCGUCGGGGUGACCAGCGUCAGCAAUCAGACGCUGAUAUCGGCCUGCUUGCAGAUGUGGAAUCUUCUGUUUGCCAUCGUAGGUGCGUGGCUGAUUGAUCGCUUCGGGCGACGUCCACUGUCCCUUGCAUCGGCCAUGAUCAUGCUCAUCAGUUAUGUCCUCGUCACGGCACUAUCGGGGUCUUUCGCAGCAAGUCGUCAUGCAGCCACGGGGACCGCUGUCAUACCAUUCCUCUUCAUCUUCUUUGCUGGUUAUGGCAUUGCUCUGACUCCAUUGCUCACGGCGUAUCCAUGCGAAAUCUGGCCUUUUCGUCUUCGAUCCCGAGGUCUGGCUGUGACGUGGAUUUCCACUAUCUGUGCUACGUUUUUCAAUACUUUCGUCAACCCCAUCGCCCUGGAAGCUAUUUCAUGGAGGUAUUACUUGGUCUUCAUUGCGAUGCUGCUGCUGUUCGGUGUCACCGCAUAUUUUCUGUACCCCGAAACCAAGGGCUACACGCUGGAACAAAUAGCUGUCAUCUUUGAUGGACCGACGAGCAGAUUGAAUGACCUCGAAGCGGAACCGGAAUCAGUUGACGCCGGAGACGAUCCGAAGAGGGUCACGUCUACAAUACACCGAGAGUCUAUAUAG